GAAUGUACCAUGAAGGUCCAGGAGGGGAAGUUCAAGCUCCAGGAUCUGCUGGUGGUGCCGAUGCAGAGAGUCCUGAAGUAUCACCUCCUGCUCAAAGAGCUGCUCAGCCACUCGUCUGACCGGCCGGAGAAGCAGCAGCUGAAAGAAGCGUUGGAGGCCAUGCAGGACUUGGCCAUGUUCAUCAAUGAAGUCAAACGGGACAAAGAGACCCUGAAGAAAAUCAGUGAAUUCCAGAGCUCCAUAGAAAACCUGCCGGUGAAGCUGGAAGAAUACGGGCGGCCAAAGAUCGAUGGGGAACUGAAGGUCCGCUCCAUCAUCAACCACACGAAGCAGGAUCGGUAUUUGUUUUUGUUUGAUAAAGUGGUGAUUGUCUGCAAGAGGAAAGGCUACAGCUAUGAGCAGAAGGACAUCCUGGAGCUGCUCUGUUACAAGAUGACCGAUGACCCCACCAACAACAAGGACAUCAAGAAGUCGCAUGGGAAAAUGUGGUCUUACGGCUUCUACCUCACCCACCUUCAAGGCAAACAGGGAUUCCAGUUUUUCUGCAAGACGGAAGAGAUGAAACGGAAGUGGAUGGAGCAGUUUGAAAUGGCCAUAUCCAACAUUAAGCCCGAGAAAGCUACGGCGAACAAUCACCAGUUCCAGAUGUUCACCUUUGACAAGACCACCAACUGCAAAGCCUGCAAGAUGUUUCUAAGGGGGACCUUCUACCAAGGCUACCAGUGCCUGAAGUGCAAGGCGGGCGCCCACAAGGAGUGCCUGGAGGUCAUCCCACCCUGCAAGUUCAGUUCUCCUGCUGAGCAGGAAUCACUGAAUCAAGGCCCUAAAAUGGUGGCCCUCCAGAAUUACCAUGGCAACCCAGCUCCACCAGGGAAACCCGUCUUAACUUUCCAGAUGGGCGAAGUGAUUGAGCUGCUCCGAGGGGAACCGGAUUCCCAGUGGUGGGAGGGGAGGCUUGUCGUGUCCAAGAAAUUCGGCUAUUUUCCCAGCUCGUUGGUUAAGCCUUGCCCAGUGGACGCCCGGCCUCCCAACAACCGCCCUCCUUCACGAGAGAUGGACUAUUCCACAUACCCCUGGUUUGCAGGCAGCAUGGAGAGGCAGCAGACGGACAACCUCCUGAAGCAGCACGCCAGCGGAACCUACCUGAUCCGGGAGAGGCCAGCCGAAGCCGAGCGUUUCGCCAUCAGCAUCAAGUUUAAUGACGAGGUGAAGCACAUUAAAGUGGUUGAAAAAGAGAACUGGAUCCACAUCACAGAAGCCAAAAAGUUUGAAAGCCUCUUGGAAUUGGUGGAGUACUACCAAGCCCAUUCGCUGAAGGAGAGCUUCAAACAGCUGGACACGACCUUAAAGUAUCCUUACAAAUCCCGGGAACGCUCAGCCUCAAGAACCUUAGCUCGGUCCCCGGUCUUCACCCCUCGGGCCAUCGGGACUGCAGUGGCCAGGUACAACUUUGCUGCCCGGGACAUGCGGGAGCUCUCCCUGCAGGAAGGGGACGUGGUGAAGAUUUACAGUCGGAUCGGCGGGGAUCAAGGCUGGUGGAAGGGAGAGGCCAACGGCCGAAUUGGCUGGUUCCCUUCGACCUAUGUGGAGGAAGAGGGGGUGCAGUGAUGCCCAGGCUGGCAGGAGCUUCUGUCCCCAAGGGCAGCCCUGGCCCGUCUCUGGGCCUCCGAGGGAAACAGGACUGUUCUUCCAGCACUGAGAAAAGACCCUCCCUGGCCCCCUCCGCAGCCCCUGGGUGGGAGUGCAUGAGGGGCAUGUGCAGCGGCGGGGCUGGGGGCAGGUGUGCGCACGGGCAAGGCACAGCUGCUUCUCUUCUGCAAAUUUCCUGGCACAGAAGAACCAAACACCGUUUGCAGAAAACCACGAAGCCUCUGGGAAAGGAAGGAAGGCAGGCAGGAGCCGAUGGCCUGGCCAGAAGGGGCUGCACUACAAGGUCUUCUGAGGUGUGGAAGAUGGACUUGGUGGUCUCUGGUGCUUGGGUGGGAUACUAGAAGAAAUGCUUCUCUAGGGUUUGGGAGGCCCAGAAGGAUGUUGCAAAGGGGGCCCUUGGGUUAGGAAUUUUGUGAGGGGGGGAGGCUUCUGCAAGUCCCAGCAUCCCCUGUGGCUGUGGGCCAACUGAAGGGGCCCUAAAUGUGAGUGGAGCCCUUUGUGGUCCAGCAGAAGCCAUGUGAGCAUCUCCAGACCUGCUGGGGUCCUUGCUGAAUCUGUCUUGAAUCCGGGGCCGCAGAGCAAACAUCUGGCUGGAGAGAAGGAAGUGCAAGAGAGGUUGGCUGCCUCUCCCUCUGUUGUGUGGGUCUUUCCUCCAUCAGUCCUGGGAACCUGUCUGAGCUGCUUCCAGGAUGGGCACCGUGGCCUCCAGGAGCCUCUGCCAGUCGCACAACCAGCUUGGCCUGGCAUCGGUUGGCCUUCUCGGGGCCUGCCGGCUCCCGCUGCCCUCCAAGGGCCCCAGAAAGCCUUUGCAUUAUUGCUCAUCCUGCUGGCCAAAUGAUUUCCCUCCAUUCAGGGGCCCCAGAGCUGGAUGAGCUUCUGCUGGGAGAAGAGGCUGCCAAAGAGGAUUAGCAUCAAAUAGAAGAGGCACCGUGCUCACAGCUACAUGCAGAUCCCCCAACUGGGGAGGUGCCGCGAAGGAGGGAUCUCUCUGCCUUUCAGACUUUGGGAGAGAACCACUGGCCAUGUGCAGGCCUUGAGACGGUUUAGCUCUCCCUUCCAAACAGACUCCAGGGCGCCCUUGAACCCCGAGCCGCUUCCCUGGCUUCCUCAGCUCUCUUGCAAAAGGCUUUGGUGCCAUGGAGCUGCUUGUGGGGCAGGAACUUGGCCUUUCCAGGGAGGCUGCCCCAUAGCGCCCUGAGAUUGGCACAGCAGCCGCUCUGCCUGCCCACUCCCAGCAGAUCUGCACGAAUGCCCAGGAGCCCACAGUGGAUUUGCCUCCUUUCACAGAGAGGUUUGCCUGGAAUCAGCCUCAAUUUUAAAACCCUUUUGGCUUUUCCAGGCUGCUUCUCCCCUUUCAGACAGCCUGGCAAACUAUCAUUCCUUGACAUGGAUGCCCCUCCAGAAAUGGGGCUGGCCCUAGGCCAGAGAGAUCUUUCCUUCCUUCCUUCCCCUUUUCAGGUAGGGAAAUACCUACAUAUGGCAGAGAGAGGCAGUAAGUCUCUCCUUCCCUCCCCGCUCUUUCUUCUCCCCCCCCCCUCUCUCUCACACACACACAACCUGAUCUCAACAAAGCUGGACGGGAUCCCUGUACAACUCUCUGCGUCAUCAGGCAAAUCUCCCCAGGUGAGAGAGCUCAGCUGCCUAAGGCUCCCCUUAGACCAGUGGUUCUCAACCUGUGGGUCGGGACCCCUUUGGGGGUCGAACAACCCUUUCACAGGGGUCGCCUAA